AUGCUAGAUAGUAGGUCCCUCGACGUCAUCUCCAAAUUCAAACUGGCUAUUCUCACACGGGCCCAGCAAAAGGCGGAACCCGCCCCCUCGUUGCCAAAGUCCAACCGAGGUAAGAAACUCCCCCAAAUGGGAGCAUCUUCCCAUGCCCUUACAUCCAAGGUGGUGGAAUACGGAGGCUCAAACCAUCUAGUGCUCACCAACGACGUCAUUGAACGCACCAACUACCGUAACAAACGCCGGUGGCUGGACUUCUACCUGAGCCAGAAUGGAAAGAUUGAAGAAUCCUCCUCAGAUAGCGAAAACGACCAUGGCAUCGACGAUGAAGGCGCCGACGAUGGCAACGAUGAUGACGAGUACAACGAGAGUCCGUUGAAGAAAAUACGCUUGAGUGAGAUUCUUGCCCCUUUGGCCCAUCCUUCCGAGCUCGUCACCCACCCAGCCAUCUCCAAAACAUUCAAACUGACAUGCCUCCAGACGUUGGCGCUGGAACUCAUAGACUUGAUCGAGGUGGAACAGGGCACGCUCAACCACCUCAACAAACUCUUACAGGUGUUGGAUGGUGAGGAUUGGUACUACUUGCUUGAGGAGAACAUGGGACUUCCUGUCUACGAUCAUGGGCUUGAUGAUACCAUCACUGCUCAACAGAAAGAGAAAAAGGAGAGCGAGGAGGCAGAGCAGGCCGAGAAAGCGAAACUUGCCAAAACUGAGCCUGAUUCUGUAGCAGUCGCUGCCGAUUCUGACGACAAUAAGAGAAUCACCAGAUUGUCCACCGCAGCUCCAGACGGUCAAGUUCAAGUCACGGACCCGUUCUUUGCUCUCCCAGAAACGCUCGCCAUGUACGAAGCCAUUCAGCAAAAGCAAAUGGAGGAGACCGAGGAAGAUGGAGACGAACUUGAGUCGUUGCAGCAAGAUCUAGUCAGCUACUUGCAAGUGAGCAUACAGAGACAGUUUGAAUACAUCAAAAAUCUCACGACGCUUAGAAAUGGUAUUGUCAAGGUCGACCGCUAUAAGAGUGAUUUGUACAAAUGGGGAAAGGAGAUGAACGAAAAGAAGAAUUAA